AUCCACACACAUACUGACACAAACAGAAAGCUCCAAUCCAAUCCAAGAGAAAUGUCUCCGAGAGCAGUCAUCAUCGUCCUCUGCCUCCUGUCCGCCUCACCCUCACGGUUUGCCGCCGCCGAUGGCGCUGGCGCAGAUGAAUGCGGUGGUCCUGCGGUCGGGGGCAGAUGCCACAGCGUCGCCCGCGCGCUGCGCCUGAAGCUAAUCGCCAUCCCGUCGAUCCUGCUCGCCAGCGUGGUGGGCGUGUGCCUGCCGCUCUUCUCCCGCUCCGUCGUCCCCGCGCUCCGCCCCGACGGCAACCUGUUCGCCGUGGUGAAGGCCUUCGCGUCGGGGGUCAUCCUCGGCACCGGCUACAUGCACGUGCUGCCGGACUCGUUCAGCGACCUCAGCUCGCCCUGCCUGCCCCGGAAGCCCUGGGCGGAGUUCCCCUUCACGGCGUUCGUCGCCAUGCUCGCCGCCGUGUCCACGCUCAUGGUAGACUCGCUCAUGCUCUCGUUCCACGGCCGGGGCAAGGCCAAGAGGAGCGCUGCUGCGGUCACGCACCAUAAUCAUGGAGGCCAAUACCAUGACAGCCCUCCGGUGCACGGGCACGGGCACGGGCAUCUAGACAUGAGUGAGGGUGAGACGGACGUCGAGGCCGGCGUGGCGCAGCAGCUUUGCAGGAACCGUGUCAUUGUUCAGGUCCUGGAGAUGGGCAUCGUGGUGCACUCGGUGGUGAUCGGCCUCAGCAUGGGCGCGUCGCAGAACGUGUGCACCAUCCGGCCGCUCGUGGCGGCGCUCUCCUUCCACCAGCUCUUCGAGGGCAUGGGCCUCGGCGGGUGCAUCCUGCAGGCGGAGUACGGCGCCAAGAUGAGGUCGGGGCUGGUGUUCUUCUUCUCCACCACCACGCCGUUCGGCAUCGCGCUGGGGCUGGCGCUCACCAAGGUGUAUAGCGACACCAGCCCCACGGCGCUCAUCGUCGUCGGGCUGCUGAACGCGGCGUCGGCCGGCCUGCUCCACUACAUGGCGCUCGUCGACCUCCUCGCCGCGGACUUCAUGGGGCCCAAGCUGCAGAGCAGCGUCAGGCUGCAGCUCGUCUCCUUCCUGGCCGUGCUAAUGGGCGCCGGCGGCAUGUCCGUCAUGGCCAAGUGGGCGUAGCUUCAUCGAUCAGGUUCAGCUGCCGUUGGUAUUGUAUAUUGAUAUUCUCUGUGUUUGCUCACGCUUGCAUUGCAUGUUCAGUCGCAUUAAGUAGCAGUAUUUUAGUUGUAAAUAUUACUUACUACUGGGAGGUGCAUGGGCCUGAUUUACUAGUCCAGUAACAAGACUUGAGAGUUUUGG